CGCGCAUUCUCCAUCGCAAAGUCUUGAAGCCAGCGUCCGCACACCGAAACUCACCUCGUUCGAACAACACCACCGCCGCACAAACUCCGCCGAACGAAUACACAUCGAUUCCUUGCGCCAUGGGCGAGAAAGGGCAUGGCCUCGACCACUCGAGAGAUCCGUGUCCAUGGGUCGCGCUCUCAGAUUUCGGAGGCGCUUUCUGUAUGGGUGCAAUAGGAGGAGCAGUGUGGCAUGGCGUAAAAGGUUUUCGGAAUAGUCCAUAUGGCGAGAGACGGAUAGGAGCCAUAACAGCAAUUAAAGCCCGCGCACCCGUCCUGGGCGGAAACUUCGGCGUUUGGGGCGGCCUAUUCAGCACAUUCGACUGCGCAGUGAAAGGCGUGCGAAAGAAGGAAGAUCCUUGGAAUGCCAUUAUCGCCGGAUUCUUUACAGGAGGUGCAUUAGCCGUCAGAGGAGGUCCCAAAGCCAUAAGGAACGGUGCGAUUGGGUGCGCGAUUCUGUUGGCAGUAAUCGAAGGUGUGGGCAUCGGGUUCCAGAGGAUGAUGGCGGAGAACACAAAAUUGGAGCCGCCUGCGCCGCCGCCGACGCAGACUAGUGCGAGUGGAAGUGAAGGGAGAUUGGCGGCAUCGGUCGCUUGACCCAUGACGCCGAGUUUGGCUGGAUCUGCACUCAUGAUAACGGAGAUGGGGCUCAUUUGUGCGUGAGUGAUGAGGAGACGUCACUCGGCGAUAGAGGAUGAUGGGACAUGCGAUUGCAAUACAACGACGAACAGAGUUUCGCGGCAUGAGCUGAUGCAUUGAACGGCGUUCGGCACUGGUGACCUGGAAAAGAGUUGACACAGACAAGCAGCGAGGAACGUUAGAAUGGAGUCUGGUCCGGUCUGCUCAAUCUUCACUCCCCAUUAUAGAUGAGAGCGUAGCGUAGACUACGCGGUUGUCAGUGCGCUUGCGGUUAUUGUAACAUUAUCAUGUACAUACUGAGCAGCGAACCAAGAGCAGCUCAUAAUGGUAUCUCAGCUACGACUGCAAUCUCACUUCGAUUGCAAAUUGCGUAUGCUCGUCUGGUUCGCUGAAGCUACAUGCCAAGAUAAUUCCCAGACCGUGUAGAUGAUAUGUAAUCCGCCAUUCCCCAGCAUCGAUGUAAGGUUGAGUCCACUCCCAAAUGCCUCAACACUCAUCCUUUGAUCCGAGCAGCUCGAAAUCUGCUGACCUUCUUGAGUUUCCCGUCUCGCUCCUCCAUCAGAUCGCCUUGUUCAUGUUCGUCAUCUUCGCUCGUGCCUGCCUUAAAUCCGCCCUGUUGUCUAAUCAUAUCAUUUCGUCGUCGGUAGUAUUCUUCGGCGAGUUCACGUCGUUGUAAAACAGGGUCGCUCCCGUCAGUUGAUGGCGCAACAGCAUCUUGGGAACGAGACGCGCGCUCGACCAAUUGAUCCGCAAUGACCAGGCCUGGUGGACCUUCCGGGGUUGACAUAUCUCUUACAGUCGCAGUCUGUUUGCCCGCCGUAGCCCCUGCAGAUGAUGUAGCAGACUUUUGGGAUGUCUUGAAGCGAGACGAUUUUUUGGCUGGGUCUGCUGUGCCACCAACCUCGGUUGUACUUUCGAGAAUCCUUUCCGCGAGGGGGUGCUCGUUCUCAGCUUGCAGCAUGCUCGCUGCCUUUCGCGCAACAUCUUGUUCUUGCGCGAACUUCGGCGUUUCGGCGAAGCUUACUCGUUUCUUCACCUUCAGGUUGUGGUCUGGGUCCUGAGUUUUACUUGAACUCGAUGGUGCGCCGCUGUCAUCAUGAAUCACAAGUCUGCGGACGUGCUCAGCAUCGAGAUCUGUGUCCACUAUGCUGUCGUCUAUGGAGGCCGCUGGUCCAAGAUUACCAAUAAGCCUGCGUUGCAAUUGUUGCAUUUCCUUGUGGUAGUCGUCACUGAUCACUCUACGAGUACUACGACCAAACUCAUCCUCACUUUCUCGGUCUGAGUCGGACAUACCGCUAGUGUAUGGUGUGUCCUCCUCUGGAUUCUCAGAAGAGAGAAAGUCUGAUGUUGACCCAGUCUCAUCUAGGUCGUAAUCAUCCUCAUCUAGGUCCAUCUGCGCCACGACAUGUCCGACUUCAUUCAGAUGAUAUUCCAGCAUCUCUCGACGCAUGGCGGCGUCUUCUUCCGAUUCGUUCUCCGGGAGCACGAAAUGCGUUUUUGCAAGCUCGUCAUUCGAGUCGAUCUCACCAACUCUCUCACCUGGUUUGAACAUGAAACUGCGAAGCUUCUUUUGCAUAUCAGCGUCGGAGCUCUUACUGCUGGCCUCGGGAUCUUCACCGCCCACGCUCGGCUCAAGACUCUUUGCCGAUUCUGGGGGUAUCUCCUGCACCUGUGGCGCGAAUGAGACAGAUCGAGAAUCUGGAGGGGGGGCUGCCGGCAUGAUUGCCACUUUGUCGUUGAAUGAUACAGUUCUUUUCCCAUCUUCCUGCUCAGCACGAUCCGGCACAGGAUCAGGCUUCGUAUCUGCACUGAACGAGACAGACUUCUUGCGGAUGGCUGGACGACCUGAUGGAUGUUCGUUCUCACUCUCGGAAGGACGUCGAGUAGAUCCUUCAUUAUAGGAGUGCCUGGUGACGAGAGCUGAUGGUGGGAGAGGGCUCGCGCUUGCUUUCGUACUGUUGUCGCUGCCAGGCUGAUCAACAUCCUUGUCGAUGUGGUCGGUAGUUGUCUCCAGGUCGUUUUCGGACAGCCCAGCCUUGCGUAAACUGUCAACCAGCUUACUUGUCGCAGCUUCGGGCUGCACAACACUACUGGAUAUGACAUUGUCGUCAUCGUCUAACUCCUCGUGGAUCUCAGUCAAUGGCAAAGGUCCUUUCCCGCGAUCUGUGUUUGCAGACGCAAAGUCCAGCUCUUCGAGCUUUGCUUCCGCAUCCCAGAAUUGGCGCUGUAGAGUUUCUAUGUUCUUUUGAACAUAUUCCUGCCGUUUGGCGAUGAGAUCCAGCACCUGAGUUGCCGAGCGUGGCGUUUUCGGAAGGCCUGCCAGAUCUCGAACUUCCUUUUCGUUCACAAUGUCGCCCGCAUAUGUUUUGCUGACGUUGUCGAGGUCGACACCGUCUCCGCCAGCCUGGAUCUCUUCCGUCAAGCCUUCAUACUCUGCAGUCAGCGUCCGGAAGUGCUUGAGACUCGCUUUCAACUUGAUCAAGUUCUGCUCAAGCAGCAAGCGCUGUCGUUCCACUUCGAGGAGGUCCAUGUGAAGCUAUGCAGCCGU